UCCGUCCCUUCGGGUGUAGCUGCCUUGCAUGACCACACAAGUAAAGCUACUGUUUGAAGACUGUACAUUGAAUUGAAACCUCUCCCCUCCCCUCAAAACAAACAUCUACUGUCUGGAUCCAUUUUUAUCUCUAGCAAGUACUUCCUCCCUCGCCACCACCACUACUGCACCACCUUAAACCACAACAACCACCAUCACCGCCGAAUUCCUCAGCUUUUGAGAUUCUUCGGCCUUUUCUAAAAAUAUUUUUUUUAGCAAAUUAACUUUUUAAUAUUAAAAAAAAAACUUGCUUUUUCAUUCUAAUGAAUAUCAUAAAACACUUAAAUCAAUUUACUGUUACGUCAAUCAUUUUUCUUUUUGGGUUUCCUUAAUUCUAUUUUUCAAGAUUCUUAAAAUAAAAAUCCAUUCUUUUUUAACAUCUCUAUCCCCAUCUUCUCGAAAGGUAGAGUCUGCCAAAAAAAAGUAAAGUUUGAUUCUUUAGCUUGCAAUAGCCAAUAGUUGUAUUCAUCUAAUCAUGGAACCCCCGGAGAAUAGUAACGCUAGCGGUGGUGAUGCGGUGGAGUGUGAAGAUGCACAGAAGAUAAUUCUACGGUGGGAUUCGACGGUGUCAGAGGAAGCUAGAGAGAAAAUGAUAUUUGAGAGCGACCGUGAUGAAGUGGAUCGGUACUUAAAAGCCGUCGACGAACUUCAAAAAUCUAUGUCCACCACCUCCAUCGCUGAUGAUGAAGAUAAGGUCAACUCCGCCACCAUCCAGAUCGCUAUGGCCAGACUGGAAGAUGAGUUUCGCAACAUACUUCUUAAACACACCACUCCGGUUGAGUUAGACUCACUCACCGUCACCGAUCCCAGCUCUUCAGUUCACUCCUCGGUACCGGGUGAGUUUGAGGAAGACGAUCAUGUAGGUGAUGAAGAUAUGCAAGAUCCAAUUCAAAGAGCAGAUUCAUCUGCUAGUAAUGCUAGUAACAGCAGCACAAGUUAUCGAUCCACUAGCAGUAUUCGAGAGAUCGAUCUGAUUCCCCAAGAAGCAGUAGCUGACCUUGAGGCCAUUGCUAAACGCAUGAUCUCUGCUGGAUACUUGCGCGAGUGUAUCCAGGUGUAUGGGAGUGUACGGAAAUCUGUGGUGGAUGUUAAUUUUAAGAGACUUGGAAUUGAGAAGCUGAGUAUUGGGGAUAUACAAAGACUUGAAUGGGAUGCUUUAGAGACUAAAAUAAGAAGGUGGAUUAGGGCAGCUAAGGUUUGUAUAAGGAUUUUGUUUGCAAGUGAGAAAAGGCUUUGUGAGCAGAUUUUUGAUGGGAUUGGUACUUCUGUUGAUGAUGCUUGUUUUAUGGAGACUGUUAAGGGUCCUGCAAUUCAGCUUUUUAAUUUUGCUGAGGCUAUUAGUAUAAGCAGGAGAUCUCCUGAAAAAAUGUUUAAGAUUUUGGACUUACAUGAUGCUUUAAUGGACUUGAUGCCUGAUAUUGAGGUGGUUUUCGAAUCCAAAUCAGCCGAUUCAAUUCGAGUUCAAGCUGCAGAGAUAUUGUCAAGAUUGGCGGAGGCUGCCAGAGGGAUUUUAUCUGAAUUUGAAAAUGCUGUUUUGCGUGAACCUUCAUUGGUUCCAGUGCCUGGAGGGACAAUUCAUCCGUUGACAAGGUAUGUGAUGAACUAUAUUAGUUUGAUUUCGGAUUAUAAGCAGACCUUGAUUGAGCUUAUUUUGUCCAAACCAUCAACUGGUUCAAGAUAUUCUGGUGAUUCUACUACACCAGAUAUGGAAUUUGCUGAAUUAGAAGGGAAAACCCCAUUAGCCCUUCAUUUGAUUUGGAUUAUUGUGAUUUUGCAAUUCAAUUUGGAAGGCAAGUCUAAGCAUUACAAAGAUGUAUCAUUAGCACAUUUGUUUAUGAUGAACAAUGUGCAUUAUAUAGUUCAAAAGAUUAAAGGGUCACCUGAAUUAAGAGAAAUGAUUGGAGAUGAUUACUUGAGAAAGCUAACUGGGAAAUUCAGGCAGGCAGCCACUAGUUACCAGAGAGCAACCUGGGUUAGGGUAUUGUACUGUUUGCGUGAUGAAGGUUUGCAUGUGAGUGGCAGUUUCUCUUCUGGGGUGUCGAAGAGUGCCUUGAGAGAGAGGUUUAAGACCUUCAAUGCUAUGUUUGAAGAGGUUCAUAGGACUCAAGCGACAUGGUUGGUGCCGGAUAAUCAAUUAAGAGAGGAGCUUCGAAUUUCUAUAUCAGAGAAGUUGAUCCCAGCUUAUCGGUCAUUUCUUGGGAGGUUUAGAAGUCAUAUAGAGAGUGGAAGGCAUCCAGAGAACUACCUGAAGUAUUCGGUUGAGGAUUUAGAGAAUGCUGUGUUGGAUUUCUUUGAAGGUUAUGCUGUAUCUCAGCACUUGAGGAGGAGAUCCCAGUGAAGGAAUGGGAAUGAUUUUUGGCAGCUUACGAAAGUAGGACACAUUCUUUGAAUUCUUUGUGUAGUGUUUGGGUGGAUGUGAUGCUGGUCACAAGAGGGCUGCGCUUUGCUCUCCAAUUCUUCAAGCAUCACUGGUUAAUUUUGUGCAGAUUGGAAGGAGUCAAGUUCAUUUUGGAAGAUCAGGUGUAGCUCUCAAGAUAGCCAGGUCUCUAAACCUGAAUGCUUCCGCACUGUAAGCAUUUUGUUUGUUUUAUUAGCCUUGUUACCACAUUCUAGAUUUUUGUUCCAUUUGUUCAUAUUGGAAUUGUUUUUCUCAUGUGUGAUUUCCUUAAUAUCUAUGAUAUUGAUAUAAUGAAGCAUAUUUUUGUUUUUCUUUUCAA